AUGUCGCUACAUGCUCAGGGCUCGCUCUCACUCCUCUCGUCGGAGUGGACACCAUCACUUGAGGCUGUCCUCAACUCAUCUCUUACCGAUAUCAAGAAGCGUCCAUCCGGGAUUCUAGGCGUUACGGCCGUGUCCGCGAGCGCAUUCCGUGCUGAGAACUUUCGGCGUGAUGGAGAAGAAGGCGCGCAUUCAGUUGAUCUAUAUCCUAUACCGUGGCACCUUGCGAAACCGCUGAACACGGAGGCUACGCUUGAAUUGCACCAUCAAUUCGACAACGCGUCAGAUCAAGUUCUGUCCGAAUUGACGCGGAGCCAGCCAGGUCGUUCUGAACCUGUGAGGACCUCCGCCGCCGCCGAGGCACAGUUCUCGAUGUAUGCGACUCCAAUCUCUCCCGUGGUCGCAUACUCAUUGAAAUUGCCGUUUGAGCGCUCUUGGCGGUGGAAGUGA